AUGAGUGGUGCGGAAGUCUCCAGGAUGCCAACAAACGAAUCCUUUGAUGGGAGCUUGGAUAAUAGGAGGUCCAGGACCAAACACACAGCUCCGUUCAAGCCUAGGACUAACCAGCCUGCGCCUGCCCCACCACGGGAGUCUAUGAAGAGAAAUAGUGAAGCUAUGGUCCUAGAUGAGGAAGAUAUAUCGUUCAGCUUAUCCAUAUCCUCCCCUCAAUCUACGAGUUCUCAAAGAAGCUCGCUAGAAUGUCCGGGACAGCUCCGUCUAAAGCGCAGGAAAAUGAGCAACAAACUUCCACCGACACCACCAUCAUUAUCACAAGAGGAAGAGGCGGAAUUGGCACCAUAUUCACUUCCUUUGGACACACAGCCUCCAGUAGCUCCCUUCCGUCAUACUAAUGAUAGGCCGACUAGACUAGAACUAAAUCCUCUUCUCAAAGAAGAUAUAUCAAGAGCAGAGAUGUACGAGGACUCUUGGCUGCGCGCCCAAGAAUCUUCUGUCUCACAACUUCUCAAUUCAGUUCUUUCCCAGGCGUUCACGGAGCGUUCGAACCUUCAGACACCCGAAAUUCGGACACGCUUUUUGAGUAUAUAUUCCUCACCGCCGUUCCCCCUUCUGUUCAAACGAUUACAAGCUAGUUUGCUCUAUGGAGCUCUAGCUCCCCCCAAGGAUGUUCUGGAGAAAAGCUCAGCUGCAAAACUUAGUGGCAGUGGAGUGGGUUUGAACGGCCAAGGCUGGGGGUGGGCAGAAGAUUUAGCUCUGAGGAAGAAGUUUCUCAAUCUCUUUAUGGAAACUUAUGAAACUGUGGCUUUAGUUCCCGGGUUGGAGGUGGUCAUUGGCAGGGAGAUGUUUGUCACUACACCUAAGACUAUUUUGGAUCAAAGAAAAGUCAUCGAGAGCUUUGCUGAAAGGUACCUAAUGCGCAGCGAGGAUACACUGGCUUGCCCUCCAGCCGAGGAUACUUGCAGGAGAGGUGCUGUAGAACGGCAUUCCCAAGGUGAUAACGAAGAUCGGGGUAGUACAAUCUGGUUGCUUAGGAAGAGUAUACUACGCAGCUUGAUGCUCGUAUUAUUGAUGGAUAAGGCCAAAUCUCAAGGGAUUUUAGGCCGAAAAAAUUUGUUUAAGAAGUCAUCCCCCCACAAAUCUUCGACUUCAGUACUGCAUGCCUUCUCACGAUUACUCCUGCCCUCGGUUGGUGACAUUUUGCGCCCCCUGGGACAUCUCAAUUACUUGCCAGAGGUCUCGCAGUGUCCGCUUGAAGAGUACGAGUAUGAGAUUACAAAUCUAGCCGUUGAUAUGCGUGAUGGGAUUCGCCUCUCGCGCGUCGUGGAACUGCUCCUUUACCCGGGAUCUCCAGCUUCCAAUUCCGGAAAGGCUCCUCAAGGGAAAUGGCCCCUUACCUCGAACCUCAAGUUCCCUGCAACAUCCAGAGCUCAUAAAUUGCACAAUGUCUCGAUAGGAAUUUCGGCCUUAGACUCCGUAGGAGGUAAUCCCCGGGGUGUUACAGCGAAGGACGUUGUAGAUGGGUUUAGGGAGAAGACGGUGGGAUUGCUCUGGGGUAUCGUGAGUCGGUGGGGUUUGGAGCAGCUGGUGGACUGGAACGAAGUCAAGAGGGAAAUCCGAAGACUCCAGGAUCGCAAGGCGCCAGCAGACACAAGACACCCCGUUUUGCCCAUCAUGGGUUACUACAACGAGCCCACAGAUCAUGUUCGGUUGUUGAAAGAUUGGUCGGGAUGCAUCGCGUCAGCCCACGGAAUUCAGGUCGAUAACUUGACGACAAGCUUCGGCGACGGACGCGUGUUCCAAAAGAUUGUUGAGGAGUAUGAACAGUACUUUCCGGCGAGUGCAAGGAGAGAGAAGAACGCUCCGUUAAAGACCAAGUUGCGGGCACUCGGCUGUAGCUCAUACUUUGGUAAGAUUUGGCUGGGUUUUCUGUGUGAAACGUGUGCUAAUUUUCCGCCAACCUGUAGCUAG